AGAAAACCGAACUCAAUUAGUUUUUUAUUUUAUUUUAUUUCUUCCUCGCAUGUAAACAUAACAUAUUCACCGGUUACUCUAAGACACCAGUAACAAUGGUGUUCAACCUUGCGGUUUCCGUUUUAGCUCUGGCAGCCUUGCUGCCAGGUCUCUACAGUUCCGUUCAAAAAGUGUUCGUAAUCUACAAUAAUGCGCCCGAGCGGCUUUCGAGCAUCAAUAACUUCAAAUCAUAUGAAAUUAAGUUCGCAGAUACAAUUCGUAACUGUGAAGAUGGCCUUCUUGUGGAAUCACAAGGUUUAGCUCUUCUUUCUUGCGAUGUCGGACGUGAAUCGUACAAUACAGUGAUGAACAUUUUUUUACCGGGUCCCGUGCCUGGCGCUGAGAUUUACGCAUAUAAUUAUAAUGAUGCUAGCCUACCGGACUCGAAGGCUCUCAAACGUUUUGAGAUUCUUGGUUACGAACCUGGGGUAGAUUUUCAUACCUUAGGUUUGGCCUACGAUGAGAAGACUUCUACCUUGUUUGUCGCAAAUCACCGUACCGACGGCCCGACUGUCGAGUUGUUUAAAUUGGAUCUAGUUGCAUUUAAGGCUAAGCAUUUCCGAACCAUCCGACAUCCUCUUCUGCAUGCUCCGAAUGCGAUCGCUCUUAUUAAUAACCAUGAGUUGCUCAUUACGAAUGACCAUUACUUCAAAGCUGGGGAUUACCGCAUACUCUCGAUGCUGGAGACUUACCUCGGCCUGCCGCUUGCUUCGGUUGUGCACGUUGACAUAUCGUCCCUUUUGGAGGACCCCGCUGCUGAUGUCAAGGCCGAAAUAGUUGCCCGCGUUCCUUUUGCCAACGGUAUUGAACUAUUUAACGAGACCACUGUUGCUGUAGCUUCAACUUCGGGCGCAUGCGUAUACUUCUACUCUAUCAUGAAGCCGGAACAAGGCUCCACAUCACCGCCAGUUCUUGCCUACAAGUCGCUAGUAAAACUCCCUUACUUCGUGGACAAUGUUCAAAUUUCUAAGGACGGUGCCCUCUACGCUGCUGGUCACCCGCACCCUCCCUCACUAGAUAAAUACAGCGCUACGAGGCAUGAGUGCAAUUCAUACACCGAUAUCACUACCGCUGAUCCUUCUGUCCAAGAGAAAUGCAAGACGACCGUCGGGCCUUCCUGGGUUUCUAGGUGGACCGAGGAAGGGGGCGUUGAGCAUCUCUAUACUGGUAUUGAAUACCCUACGAGUGCUACCGCAGCAUUCGAUUCGAAGAGGAAGGUUGGGAUUGUUACAGGUUUGUAUGCCAAAGGAAUCCUUGUUUGGAGAGAGUAGGUAAACAAGACCUACAUUCAUUAAGUUUGGGGGUUGGAUUUAGCUCAUAUAUUUUGUGGUCCAAGAAGCAUAUGACUUGACUGCGUAGCUUGUGGAUUAAAGACACAAGUGUGUCUUGGUAGACAGAAACCGAUUGGGGAUUUCUGGAUGUGGCUGGGUGCUAUCGGAAAUUGGGUUGGGAUACGGUUUCUAGAAUAUUUCUAGUACAUCUGGUGGGGGCUACUCUCCUCUCAGUAGGAGCACACGACCUGUGCGUUAUCAACAUGACAUAGUAUUUAGCUACCAAGGGUGCGAGCUUAUCAAACAUCUUGGCUUACUAAAAAUGAAGCCCUAUUUCGUCCAC